AUGUUCGCCAAAAGCUCCCAGCGGACGGCUUCGGCCCUGUUGCGAAGCACACGAACACAAUGCACCUCGAAUCCUUCUAUAGCCGCACGAUCAUACGCGACGGUCAACACCGACAUCUUCAAGCCCACCAAGUUCGGAGGCAAAUAUACUGUCACCCUCAUCCCAGGUGACGGUAUCGGUGCCGAGGUCUCGGAAUCCGUCAAGACCAUCUUCAAGGCCGACAACGUACCCGUAGAAUGGGAACAGAUCGAUGUCUCCGGCAUGCAAACCGGCGACAAGCACACCGAAGAGCUCUUCCGCGAAUCCGUCUCCUCCCUCCGAAGAAACAAGCUCGGGCUCAAGGGCAUCCUCCAUACCCCCGUCGACCGCUCCGGUCACGCCUCCUUCAACGUCGCCCUCCGCCAGGAACUCGACAUCUACGCCUCCAUCGUCCUGAUCAAGAACAUCCCUGGUUACGAAACCCGACACAAGAACGUUGACCUCUGCAUUAUCCGUGAGAACACCGAGGGCGAGUACUCCGGCCUCGAGCACCAGUCCGUAAGCGGCGUUGUCGAGUCCCUCAAGAUCAUCACCCGCGCAAAGUCAGAACGCAUCGCCAAAUUCGCCUUCUCCUUCGCUCUGGCCAAUAACCGACGCAAGGUGACUUGCAUCCACAAGGCCAACAUCAUGAAGCUUGCCGAUGGUCUCUUCCGCAACACGGUCAAGAAGGUGGGAGAGGAGUACCCCACCAUUGAAACAAACGACAUGAUCGUCGACAACGCCUCAAUGCAAUGUGUCUCCCGCCCUCAACAAUUCGACGUGAUGGUCAUGCCCAACCUUUACGGCGGUAUCCUUUCAAACAUUGGCGCUGGUUUGGUCGGUGGACCAGGUAUCGUGCCAGGCUGCAACAUGGGCCGCGAAGUCGCCGUCUUCGAGCCCGGAUGCCGUCACGUUGGUCUCGACAUCAAGGGCAAGGAUCAAGCUAACCCUACUGCCUUGAUUCUGUCCGGAAGCAUGAUGCUCAGGCAUCUGGGGUUGGAUGACCAUGCGAAUAGGAUUAGCAAGGCUGUCUACGAUGUUAUCUCCGAGGGCAAGUCGAGGACGAGGGAUAUGGGUGGGAAUGCUACGACGCAUGAGUUCACGCGUGCGAUUCUGGAUAAGAUGGAGACUGCAUAG